CUUGAAAUCUUCCAUGUAUAGUUGUCUCUACUUCAAUUCAAAUUACAUGCAUGCAUGUGAUUAUGCAUGUCACCCCCAAACAUGAAACAGCCCACCAUGUUGUCUCUACCUAUAUAUACACAUCCGGCCAGUAAUAUAAAAAAUUAUAAACCACACCCAGUAAUAUUCUCUUAGUGUGCAUUAUUAAUUGUCCAAAUUAACCCCAAACUAGCCAAAAAUGGCCUGCGUUUCUUUCUUCUCCUCCACCACCACCACCCCAAAUGUUUCCCAUUUUGCCCCACAAACUCGUCGUCGACUUCACGUCGUAGCAUGCAACGGUAAUGCCGCCGGCGAGGAAAAGCGCCACCUUGACGCCGGCGGGUGUAAGUUUGAUAGGAGAAACAUGUUGGUUGGUUUGGGAGGGCUGUAUGGAUACGGGGCUCUAACCAAUCCACUCGCCUUCGCGGAGCCCAUCAGCGCAUGGAAAUGCGGCCCGGCCCAACUGCCCAAGUACGUUGACCAGUCGCUGAACUGCUGCCCUCCGUUGACCGGCGGGGAAGCAAACAUAGUUGACUUCAAGUUCCCACGUGGGCCCACCACUAUGCGAGUGAGACCGGCGGCCCAUGUGGCGGCUGACGAUGAGGCGUACGUGGACAAGUUCACCAGAGCCGUCGACCUCAUGAAAGCACUUCCCGACGACGAUCCCCGGAGCUUCCGUCAACAGGCCAACAUCCAUUGUGCCUAUUGCAACGGCGGGUAUAAUCAGGGCGGGUUUCCUGAGCAAGAGUUUCAGAUUCAUAGCUCCUGGCUCUUUUUUCCCUUUCAUCGCUGCUAUCUGUACUUCUUCGAGAGAAUUUUGGGCAAACUUAUCGACGACCCCACUUUUGCGAUGCCGUUUUGGAACUGGGACCACCCCGCCGGCAUGACGAUGCCGGCCAUGUACACACAAGACCCAAAAUCUCCUCUCUACAACAGUUUUCGCGACGCCAAACACCAGCCGCCAAACAUUGUUGAUUUGGACUGGAACGGGACCGAUAAAGAUAUGCUUAGUAAUGAAGAGCUUGUGUCUUAUAAUCUCACUACGAUGUACCGUACAAUGGUGUCGCUCGGACGGACCACUAGCAAGUUCUAUGGGAGCCCGUACCGAGCAGGAGACGAGCCCAACCCCGGUGCGGGGUCCCUGGAGCUCAGCCCACACAGCUCGGUCCAUUUCUGGACCGGGGACCGGACACAACCCCUAGGGGAGGAUAUGGGGAGCUUUUACGCCGCCGGUAGGGACAUGUUGUUCUAUGCCCACCAUGGUAACAUCGAUAGGAUGUGGUGCGUUUGGAAAAAUUUAGGAGGAGGGCAUCGUCGAGAUUUCUGUGACCCGGACUGGCUCGACACGUCAUUCAUUUUUUACGAUGAAAACGCGCAGAUGGUCCGCAUCAAGGUCCGAGAUUGCUUGGACUCAAAAGAUCUUGGAUACGUAUUUCAAGACGUGGAGAUCCCGUGGACCAACUACCGCCCGACCCCACGUGUCUCUCGGGUUUUGAGAACAAAAAAUAAGCUCUCGAGAGACAGGAUGACGGGUCAGGGGGGCUUUAUGCUCAUCUGGCAUCCAGGGACACUUGACAAAGUGGUGAAGGCAAUGGUGAGAAGGCCUAUAAGGAAAAAGAAGAGAAGCCAGAAGUAUAUGGGUGAUGCUAAUGAAAACAAGGAAGAAGAAGAAACUCUUUUGAUAGAAGGAAUAGAGUUAGAGAAGGAUAUUUUUGUCAAGUUUGAUGUCUUAAUCAAUGAUGAGAGUGUCAGUGCUACACCAAUGGACACCGAGUUUGCAGGAAGCUUUGUGAGCGUGCCACAUGGCGGUCACCAUAAGCAUGAUAGGAAGAUCAUCAAGACAAAUCUGAGGCUAUCCCUAAAUGAGCUCUUGGAAGAUUUGGGUGUUGAUGCAGAUAAUGAUGAGUGUGUGUUGGUGACUAUCGUUCCAAGGGCAGGAUGUGAGGCUGUGAAGAUUGGAAGUGUCAAGAUUGUGCUUGAGGAUGAUUAAUUAGUUCACUAAUUAAUUAACAUGUUUAUUAGGAUGUUCGAGCAAGUCAUUAACUUAGCUUGCAUUCUGAGAACGCAGGUUGUAAGACUUCAAUAUUUCUUCACUUUAAUUUCCC